CUCGAUGCCUCACAACUUCACGCGCCCAAACGUUCCAACAGAGGACUCGGCGACGGAUAAAAUCCACUAAGUACAUCUUUAAUAUAUUUUAUUCGACACUCAUUUCAUAUUAUCUGCUUCAGUGAGUUGUAUUUGAGUCUCCUGGUGUACAAACAUUUUGAUAAAAAUCGCGAACUUUCUUUUCCUAAAGUUUUGAAGUUGUUGGCGCAAGCAAAACUCUGCGUGUCAAAGAUAUCAGUCUUUCCUUCCUUUCAUUAAACAUCGAACAUGAUGUGGUGGGCACUAUGGUGCGCGGUUGUGGUGGCUGGUGGCGUUAGCGCUGCGGCGGCGCCCGCGCCCGACUCCCUCUCUCCACUCACACCUCUCGACUUGGUACAAAUCGACCCUCCUGCUCCUGAUGAUGAAGGUGUCAGCUAUGCCAUGCCUGCGGUGGGGGGCCGGUACGCUGGUGCACCCUGGCUUUACUUGCUUACUGAGAUGCCCCACGAGUCACAGAGGCUGAGCGAGCUGAGUGAAGGUCACGCGCGGGCGAAGCGCAAGAUGCCGUCGCUUUCAAUCAACAAUCCAAUGGAGGUGCUACGGCAGCGGUUGCUGUUGGAGGUGGCCCGCAAACAAAUGCGUGAAGCGAAUCAAAGGCAAGCCGUCGCGAACCGACUUUUCCUGCAAAACGUCGGUAAACGAGGAUUCUGGGCGAAAUCCGCAUCAUCUCGCUACGACAACUAGAGCCAUUGGCCACUGACCUUUCCGUCGCCGCAAGCUGUUGACACUACCUGGCUGGAGCAAGAUGCUGCGUCAACUGAACACACACUAACUACAUCUAAACGCUAUCUCGUCGAAACUGCACUAUGCAAAACCACGUAGAGUUUUAAAGUAAUAGCAAUACGUAGUUUAAUACAGAAUUUUCAAUGUGUUUGUCCGUUAAAUGUGGCCAGUAAUAUAUAAUAAUUUAUUGGAUAACGUAUUAUACGUUUUUAUUAGGUUUCUUUACUCUAAAUAAAAAAAAAAUAUCUAAAUUCAAAACUUAAAAAACCUUUGGGAUAAUAUAAUAUAUGAAAACAUGAUAAUUCAAUAACUACCUAUAUAUAAAUAAGACAAUACGUGAUAUUUUGGUAUAUUAUAUCCUAGAAUUAAAUCAAAUAAACGGUCUUUUGAUAUUUUUAUUUUUUAUAUUUCUCUUAAAACAGAAGUAAUAUCUAUUUUUAACUAUAAUCUUAUUUAAUUUUAUAAUAAAAUAUGAUUACAAGCAGUAAUACUUAUAUACCUGAUUUUAUUGCCAAUCUUUCAGUUACAAAAAAAUUUAAAUUAACAAAAUUAAAAAAAAUUCAGGCUUUUAAAUCUCCUUAAUAUUAUAAACAUGAAAAAUGUCUGAAUAUUUAUUGACGAGUUAUAAAUCGUUUAUUCUUAUCGAAAUCCUUGGCGCUCAAUUAUUUUUACCUACCUUGUACCGAUUGACUCAUUUAUAAUAUAAGAAAAAUACCUAUUAACUUUUAAUAUUCAAUUUAUAAAUUAUUAUUAUUAAUUAAAAUCUAUAAUAUAAAAAUAGAUAGUUACUUUCUUCCCCUAGAAUAUGAAAAAUAUAUAGGUAUAUUUACGCAGAAGGCAAUUUUGUAUGAAAAUCCAUUAGGUAUUGGUCAUGUUAUAUUUUACAUAUUUGAAUUCCUAUAAAAGCAAUUUCAUUCCAGAAAGAAAAUACAUAGACAUCAAAAAGUACGUGUACUUAAUAUUUCUAUAUUACGCCAGUUUAUUUAUAAUUUGUUGAUAUACCUAUUUAACGAAUUAUAAAUAAACCUAUUCAAAAUAUUUACAAAAAAAAGUGCAAAUAACAUAGCAGAAACUUUUCAUGAUAUUUAAAUAGUCUACUAACCAUUAAAUCAUAAUAAGUAACUCUACAAUAUUUUUUAUAUAAAUACUUAUAUAUAAAAAGUAUUAUACUUACCUAUUUAAAUAGUUGCAACAAUUUAAUAUAUACAAUGAAGUAAGUAAACGAAAUAUGUUAUAAAUUCCAUGUAGGUGUAAUAUAAAGCGCUAUACUUAUCACUCGUAAAAAAUAUGAUUAUGCACUCGUGUGAUUUGAAGUUUUCAACCUAAUCUUUUCAUAAAAAUAUACAUUUUAAAUAAAUAUCGUAAUUCUAUAUACUUAGCCUAUCCAUUUAUUGCCAUAAAAUCAUCUCAAUAGAAGAACCUAUUCGAUUCUUACUAAAUACUGAUUGAAAGACGCUAUAUUAAUAUUAAGUUCAAACGAUUGAUAAACACAACAUAUGGUAUUUUUUAAUGUGGGAGGAGUUUGCUUUUAAUAAAUAGCUUUUAUAACAUUACAGCAAAUAUACACAUUUAUAUCACAUUUUUAAUAUAAAUUGUGGUAUUUGCGUCCUCUAUUUCUCUCCCUGUAUGUUUGUACGCAUGACUUUACUAUGAAACCUGGCAGAAUACCAGUGUUGUUACUAUAGUAUACUGCAACAAUUUAUGCUGAGGCCACUUUGGCCUUUGUUUUGCAACAUUUUUAAACAUCUGUAUCAUUUUUGUUUUUACAGAAAUAUAGUCAAAAAAUUUUAUCUUUAUUUAUUAUCAAUGUAUACAGUAUGGUUUAUAGAAUUUACAACUUACAAUUAGUGCUGUCAAUCAUAUUUAUAUAUUAUUUUGAUAAAGGCUUUGUCAAGUUGAUUGUCUUUGCUUAACACGUGUGGUUUAUAAUAUAACAAACUGUAGAUAACAUUAGUUGAUAAUAUUGUGGCGUAUGUUAUCCAGCUCAACAUCGCCCACAAAAGUUGUCGUGACGCCUUGUUGGUAGUGAAAACAGCCUUGCUCUUCUAUGUCACUAUCUCUCCUAACAUGUUUUCAUUAGUAUUUUUCUACUCCUGUUAUUGUUAUUAAGUGUUAUUUUAAACUCAAAUUUUCAUUUGUGAAAUUUUCUGUACAAUGAUUUUUUUGUGCCAAAAAUAAAAUAUUACUAUUUGUAUAUGCGAUGUUUAAGUUGACUAGCUGACUGUUUUAAUGAACAUUUACUUAAUAACUUUAGAUAUAAGCACUGCAGAUGUACCUAUGCUAAUAAUAGUUGUUUAGUUUCUACAUAAACUUUAUGUACAGUGUAGCUGUUAUACAUUUAUAAUAAUAAAUAUUUUUAUGUUCAAAAUUGAUCUCUACUAGCGUAUAAAUCGUAGAAAAGUGUAAUAGAUGCAUACAAUAUUAAAUUACGUUCAA